GCAAGGAACAAGUUUCUCUGACAUCAUGUUUCUGUUGUGAUUUUUUUAGGUAAACGUUUUCAGUUUGAAAGUCAACGGAGAAAGCUCGUGAACUUCCGGUGGCUAACAUGCUAACACGCUGUUGUAGCGUGUGUUAGCAUCACACCUGGGUCAAAGUCUGGAGGAGCUUGUUUUAGCCCGGACUCAUCUCCCGUGAGCACAUAGUGCUACCGGAAGUCAGCUGCAGACCGAGCCGGAAGUCGUCGGAGCAGCUUCGGCAGACACCAGCUGAGUUGUCGACGGAGGCGAAGUGUCCAGAUGUGCAGACAGAAUCUGAGCUGAACAUGUGGAGGAUCGCCCGCUGUAGUACGGAGCUAACGGAGCUAACAGAGCUAACGGAGCUAACAGAGCUAACAGAGCUAACGGAGCCUGUCAGUAGGAAGUAGACGGACGUGAAGUGACGUCAGACAUGUCUGUGGAACAUCUGGAUGUCAGACGUCACAGAGCAGACGUCCAGCUGCUGCUGGUGUGUAAAGAAGAGGAUCCUCCAGAGCAGCAGGACUGGACCUGCAGUCUGGACCAGCAGGACCCGCCAGAACUGCCACACAUUAAAGAGGAAGAGGAGGAUCUGUGGACCAAUCAGGAGGAGGAUGAUGUCAUCAAGUUCACAUUCACUCCUGUCCCUGUGAAGAGUGAAGAUGAUGAUGGAGAGAAACCCCAGUCCUCACAGCUUCAUCACAGCCCAACUGAAGGGAUCAAAACAGAAGCUGAUGGAGAGGACUGUGGGGGACCAGAACCAGCCAGAACCUCAGAUCCAGAUCGACAUUUACAACCCGACACUGAUGACGCCGCUGAACCCGAGACAGAUGACAGCCAUGAUUGGGAGGAGACCAGGGAACCUCGGUCAGGUUUAAACUCUGACCACAAGGGAGACCAACAUAAAGACGAUGGAACCCAAACCGAAGUGAAACCAUUCAGCUGCUCAGUUUGUGGUAAAAGUUACCGUCGGAAGAAAUUCUUCACAACCCACAUGAGACGUCACUCAGAAGAGAAAUGCUUCAGCUGCUCAUUCUGUGACAAGACUUUCCAGCGGAGAGGAGGGGUUGUGAGGCACAUGAAAAUCCACACAGGGGAGAAACCCUUCAGUUGUUCUGUCUGUGGCAAAGGGUUCGUAAUAUAUUCAAGGUUGACAGCUCACCUAAGAGUCCACACAGGAGAGAAACCUUUCACAUGCUCAGUCUGUGAAACAAGUUUCAGCGACAGAUGCAGCUUAUCCAAACACACGAGAAUUCAUACUGGUGAGAAACCCUGUAGUUGUUCAGUUUGUGGUAAGAGGUUUGCAGAGAAUGGACAUCUGAAAGAACACAUGAGAGUCCACACAGGAGAGAAACCCUACAGCUGCUCUGUGUGUGGGAAAAGAUUUGCACAAGGCUCAGCUUUGACUCGUCACUCCAGAGUUCACACUGGAGAAAAGAAUUACUCGUGCUCAGUUUGUAAAGCAACUUUCAAGCACCAUGGUAAUCUGUCCACACACAUGAGGAAACAUACAGGGGAGAAACCCUACAGCUGCUCAGUCUGCACGAGAAGAUUCGCAGAUCGGGGGAAUCUGAAACGACACUUGAACGUCCAUACGGGGGAGAAACCGUUCAGUUGCAGCGUUUGUGGUAAAACAUUUGCGCUGAAGACAACACUGACACAACACCUGACCGUCCACACCGGGGAGAAACCGUUCAUCUGCUCAGUCUGUGGUAAAGGGUUUGGAGACGGAGGAACUCUGAGACGACACUUGAUUGUCCACACGGGGGUGAAACCGUUCAGUUGCAGCGUUUGUGGAAAAAAAUUUACUCAGCUAGUUAACAUCAAAAAACACAAGUGUGCUGGUGAAAGUGGUGGAGACAAAUGAAGCUGCAGUGCUUGUUGAGUUGAUUUCUUACAGCAGGACUGAAGAACUGAGAAUGAGUCUUAGCUCAACGCAGCUCACUGCAAAAAUCUGACUCUUAGUUCAGGUCAAACCACACAAUCGUUUUGAUUCUGUUUUUGAUCGCAUCUAUGUCAUGUGGUGGUGUUCAUCGACUUAAAACUGGUUUAAACUGUAUAAAUAAAUUCUACAGUGUUCAUCACUAUGUUCUUACAUUAUCUCCUAAUAACACAAUGUAUUUCUACUCUGAUGGACUCUGCUGGUCUUGACUUGAUGUCAGAAUGUGGAUGACAUGAAGAGUUGAUUGUUAAAACAGCUGCAGCAGUCCAUGUAUGAAACGUCACUCAGACAAAUGUUGGAUGAGGUGUCGCUCUCCACAGCUCACUAACACAUCAGAGACUCAAAGUUGUGGCUACAGUUUAUUUGUAGCUUCAUGAUUCACCUGCUCACAGUUCAGCAUGUCAUUGUUUCACUUAUGAUUGGUCCAGGAGGGUUUCAUGUCCGUCGCUGUCUGUCUGACUCUGUAAAUUCCAACAAACAUUUCCAUGGAUAUUCUGCUGUGAGUCGUCUGUAACGCUACAUUCAGACAAAA